GGGAAAUUCUGUUAGCUUGCUUUGUUAGAGAGGUGAGAGAGAAAGGAGCAAACGAUUUCACCAAUAUAAGACAAACAUUCUCCUUCAGAUCUGCAAAUUGCAAUACUUAGCUAAACCUUCUAGGAGAAAAGCAGACGCCAAGAAGGUCCUCUCUGCCGGUGUUCAUCGCAACUUUUGGAGACAGGGAAGCAGCUCCGCAUACUCAUCAAAUGUCGGGCUGGAGUAAGAUCCACGAAAAGCUUCCUCGAUUCGUGAAAGACACGCUGGAUGGCCGCUAUCGCGAGGUCCUGAUUGACGGCUCGUUAGUGCUGACCUACAGUGGUUUUGUCACUCAGCUCUUCAAAGGCGAUUCGGCAACGAAGGAGGAUCUUGCUGUAGGUGGAGGUCGAGCGCGAGACCUAGAGGAAGAUCGGGUUCUUCGAUUCUGCAAGGAGGAAUCCUAAAAGAAUUCUUGAGUUAAUUGAAAUGGAUGUGAAACUCGAAUGCAUGAAACCAAGAAUGUAAAUCUAAAAAAUCAACCGAAAACAGAUAAUGGGCCUGUUUAUUAUGAAUUAAGUUCUCGGCCCAGACGAAUUAUUUUGUGAGCCCAAUUCUUUGAUUUCAGACUUAACGCAGCAGCGAAGCUGAGAAGGCUUCUUCCUUCCUGACUCUGCUCCUGUUCGUCUUCCCUGUGUCAAUCACUCUUCAGCAAGCAGCAAAACAAUUAUGC